CUUUCUUUCAUCUUCAGUCAAAAGCAUGUUCAAAAUACUGGGAACCCAGAUUUAAAGAGAUCAACAUGAAAAGGGCACAAUGUUUAUUGAAGUUUUUCUGUGUGACAGACAGAAAAUGUGAGCUGUGUGAUGAAAAAUGAUCAGUCCUACUAACAAACGCAGAAGGAAUGAAAAUAUCAAGCAAAGAAACGGCGACAGACUUUUGGUUAUUAGGAAAGGAUCGUAGGUCUUUGAACAAGGAAGAGGCAGACAUUGUAAAUCGGGAGCCGUUAUGGGAAACAGAUUACUCUAUUCAUUGAUUAUACCUGCCUUCAUAUUAGCUGGAGGUUUAUUUCUCUGUCUGUUGCUUCUACUCUAUUGUUUACGAUUCUGGCUUCAACGACGGAGAAAUCUACUAACGCCUCCAGGGGAUGAUGGGGAAAAGCCACUCGUAGUUGCAUUUUUCCAUCCAUAUUGUAAUGCUGGUGGUGGUGGAGAGAGAGUGCUAUGGUGUGCUUUGAGAGCUUUACAGAAAAAGUACAAGAAUGCCUCCUAUAUUGUCUACACAGGUGAUACUGAUGCUAGAGCUGAGCAUAUUCUACAAGGUGCAUACAGGCGAUUCAACAUCAGACUGAAACACCCUGUGAAGUUUGUGUUCUUGAAUAAGCGCUACUUAGUAGAAGCCUCCCGUUAUCCGUAUUUCACUCUGUUAGGUCAGAGCUUAGGAUCUGUGUUUCUUGGCUGGGAAGCUCUUACGAAGUGUAUCCCUGAUAUUUAUAUUGACUCCAUGGGUUAUGCAUUCACGCUUCCUCUCUUUAAAUAUCUGGGAGGUUGCCGAAUAGGAUGUUAUGUUCACUAUCCUACAAUCAGUACUGAUAUGCUUUCUGUGGUCAGGAAUCAGCAUGCACGAUUUAAUAAUGCAGCCAUUAUCACAAAAAAUCCCCUCUUAAGUAAAAUGAAACUUGUAUAUUAUUACUUUUUUGCUUCCAUAUAUGGGCUAGUUGGUUCUUGCAGUGACACUGUCAUGGUUAAUUCUACAUGGACUCUCAAUCACAUCCUUUCCCUCUGGAGGUGUAACGACCGCACAAGCAUUGUGUAUCCACCUUGUGACGUACAGACUUUCCUGGAUAUUCCACUACAAGAAGAAAAUGGGAUUAUAAAACCAACAGUUGUUUCUAUAAGCCAGUUCAGGCCGGAGAAGGACCACUCCCUGCAGAUUAGAGCUUUUGCUAAAUUUUUGGCUAAAACUGAAGGACAGCCACUCUUGCCAAAGCUUAUUUUGAUUGGGGGCUGUCGUAACCUAGAUGAUGACCAGCGUGUAAAUGAACUUAAGAAGCUCUGUCAAGAGUUAGGCAUUGAAAAAAAGGUGGAAUUCAAAGUUAAUAUUCCAUUUGAAGAACUAAAGAGGCAUCUGGCUGAUGCAACUAUUGGACUUCACACCAUGUGGAACGAACAUUUUGGAAUUGGAAUUGUUGAAUGUAUGGCAGCUGGCACAAUUAUUCUUGCUCACAAUUCUGGAGGCCCCAAAUUAGAUAUUGUGGUACCAUAUGAAAGAAAUAUAACUGGAUUUCUAGCAGAAGAUGAAGAUGGCUAUGCAGACUCUAUGGCUCACAUCUUUUCAUUAUCUCCUGAAAAAAAGCUGCAGAUCAGACAAAGCGCUCGUGAAUCUGUGAAGAGGUUUGCUGAUCAAGAAUUUGAGGAAACAUUCUUAUUAUCUGUAGAACGGCUAUUUAAAUAAAAUAUUUUGCUUAUAAAUAUAUGACAUACUUGAGUUAUUAUGGAACUACAAAUACAUGUUCUACGUUUCUAUUCAUAGUGCAACAAAGAUUUUACUC